UUGUGUGUGACAUUUGGACCUACAGCGUUUACCAUAGACGCCGUGGGCCUGACAGUCCUACCCAGCAGUACGGUAGAGAGCGGGACGCCGGUGACCCUGCACUGCCAGGUCAAAGUCAGUCACUCCAACAUCCCUGACCUGACACACACUUUCCAAAUCACACGGGACGACUUCCCCAUCCACACCUCCACCACCACAGAAGACUUAGUCCAGUAUGAGCUCAACCCGGCCAGGGCGGCGGACUCUGGAAGUUAUGAGUGUCGUGUCACAGUCAAGGGCAAGAGCAAAAAAAGCUACAGCCAGAAACUGGACGUCACAGGCCUGCAGACCCCCAUUCUGUAUCUGGAAAAGACUGAACCCUAUGAGAGUGAGGAGUUCACCGCCUCCUGCAGCGCUCCGGAGGAGAAAGGAAACCUCAUCUUCCGGUUUUACCAGAAAUUUAGGAACAGAGAUGUCCAGAAGAUAAAGCAGCCAGCAUCCACUGGGAACUCCUCAGAGACCACACUGGUCCUGAGGACGAUUGGAGACAGCCUCCUGUACUGUGACUAUGAGGUCAACUUGGUUUCUGGGGCCAGACGCUCCAACCACAGCGACGAGAUCACAGUGAUAGUCAAAGGACUCUUCAUUACCCCGAUCAUUAAUGUGCUGCCCGCCAAACAAGUCUAUGAGGGUGAGAUAAUAGAAGUGGUCUGUAAAGUGGUAAAUCCACCGAAGGACAUCGAAGUGUUCCUGACGAAGGACGGCAGGAUCCUUAAACAAGCCUCAUACAGCAGCCUCAGUCAUCGAUUCACUGCUCGGGAAGGCGACUCUGGAGAGCUCGUGUGCAAGGCAGAGUGGCGCAAAGAGUUGCAGAAAGAAACCUAUGAGACCAUCACAGUCAAAGAGCUGUUUUCAAAGCCACGACUGACUGUGAAUCCCAUGGACAUAUUUGAGGAAGACAACAUCAAAUUGACCUGCUCCGUCUCCAUUUAUGUUCCUGAGAAAAUCAGCAAUGAAAGCGUGCAGUUCUCCAUCUACAAAAACAACAUCAAAGUCACCAACACAGACACAUACGUCACUUUGGCAGACCCUUCAAAAAACGGCAACUACACCUGUAAAGCCCAUGCUUCUUCUCUCACACACAGCUUUGUGAAAGAAAGCCGUAGAGUUGUUGUUAAAGCAAAAGUUCCUGUUUCUAAGCCCAUGCUGAGUGUGGUGGGGGGUACGCUGGUGCUGGGUAAGAGCUUCCAGGUGCUGUGUCACAGCGACAGAGGCGCUCUGCCCAUCGUCUACACCCUGCACGGCCCUGACAGGAUGCCUGAGCAGAGGGUGGUGAGCAGGCCGGGGGAACAGGCCGUCUUUAACUGCUCGGCCGUCUACAAGACUUCAGACUUGAAAAAAUUCCUGUGUCAUGCAAAAAACAGUCAGAACCAUCCUCCCAUGACAGGAUUAGGGCAGCAGCUGCUACAAGCAAAAAUCAUAGAGCCUGUGUCAAAACCAGUGCUGACCAUCGUCCCCAGUGUGGAGGACAUCUCCGAGGGCCAGGACGUGACUCUCAUCUGCUCUGUUAAGAGUGGCACACUUCCCAUCACCUUCACCUGGCACCACACUGAGACGGAGGGACCUCUCGCCCCCCAGGUCUCCGAGAAAAUGGAAGGAUCGUACAGCAUCAGCAAUAUCAGAGGAGAUCACAGAGGGGGAUACUACUGUGUGAGCACCAACCCAGCUAACGAAACCAGAAAGAGCCAGACUGUCAUGAUCGGAGUGAAGAUGGCUGGCUGGAAGAAAGGUGUUAUCGCUGUUAUUGUCUUCUGCAUCCUGCUCAUUCUGGCUCUGAGCUUCAUUUUGGCCUUUAAAAGACGUCUCCUUCUAUUCAAGAGGAAAAGAACUGGCGAGCUGUCAGUGAAGUCAGCCAGCACCAAAUCGGAGCGGCUGAGCCUCACCCAGGCCGAGGCCAACCAGGCUGCCAAUGUCACUCCAGGCAUGAUGGGAAAGAGUGUUUGGAGUGAACAUGCAUCAGGCUCUGAGUCUGAGGACCAGGUUAGUGUGAGCGUUCCAGAAAAGCAGCCAGAAUACACCGAGGUGCAAACCAGACCUGCAGAUCCUAACAGAGCUCCGGUGAAAAAGGGGACCGACACGGUGUACAGCGAAGUGCGGAACUCCAAACAAGGUGUUCCAGAGCCGGCUGAUGGUCAGGGGUCAGUGGAGUAUGCACAGCUGAAUCAUGAUACAAAUCCCCACAGUGACCAGAGUAACCAUGGCGACCACACUGUCCAGGAUGACUACAUAGAUGAGAUUGACGACAGUGUCCACAUCAACACCGCCGACCACGGGGAAUGAAAACACGAGCUGAUGCCAGACCGCUAACUGACCAACAAGAAUAUUUAUUCCCUUAUUUAUCCGGCUCGUUAACGCAGCUGGAGUCUUUUAUUCUGAAAGGCCUUAAACGGCUCUAAGCAUUUAUGUACUUUUUUGUAUUUUUAUAACACUUUGAAAGAAACAAACCGCAUUGUAAAUUCACUCGCUUUGUCUUUGAAGGGCA